CUGCUGCGUUCGAAUAGUUACUGUCAGUCUGCAGUUGAGGAGAAUUUCUGUGUUUGUGGGUGCCGAUCGGAUCUUGAUUAUUGGAGACUAAGGUUAUUCUGGAUUGUAUUUGAGAGCUGCCGUCAACGAUGGCACUAGUCAGUGCUCAGAAUCUUGUAUCUCAGAAUGCGGUUGUGGUAUUCAGCAAGUCAUAUUGCCCCUACUGUAAAAAAGUGAAGCAGCUGUUAUCGAGCUUGGGGGCUCAAGUCAAGGUCGUGGAACUUGACCUCGAAAAGGAUGGAGAUGAAAUCCAGUCAGCUUUAACAAAUUGGACCAAACAACGCACUGUCCCAAAUGUGUUUGUUGGCGGACAACACAUUGGUGGUUGCGACGACACAAUGUCCAAGCACAAUGGUGGAAAGCUCUUACCACUUCUGAAGGAAGCAGGUGCUGUCUAAAUGCUUCAAUGGCCCACUGUAACCUACAAUCUUGAAACAGGCAUUUAACAUUCUGUGAACUGCUUACAAAAGUUCUCAUCCAUCAAUUGAAUCAUCUGGAGAAAGAAAUAAGCCUGGGACGUAUAUACUUAUUCUUUAGUCUGAAAUGACUUUAGUCACGUGGGAGCGCUCCAGAUCCUAUGAUGUUUAGGUCAUAUGCAUUACCG